AUUAAGAGAAAGGGAAGAUUUUUGGUGUGAAGUUAGGUUGUGAUUUGUGUGAUGAAGAGAGGGAAAGAUGAUGAGAAGAUAUUGGAACCAAUGUUUCCUCGGCUUCAUGUGAAUGAUGCAGAUAAAGGAGGACCUAGAGCUCCUCCUAGAAACAAGAUGGCUCUUUAUGAGCAGCUUAGUAUUCCUUCUCAGAGGUUUGGUGAUCAUGGAACUUUGCGUAGUAACAACACAAGCACUUUGGUUCAUCCUGGACCAUCUAAUCAGCCUUGUGGUGUGGAAAGAAACUUAUCUGCUCAACAUCUUGAUUCUUCAGCUGCAAACCAAGCAACUGAGAAGUUUGUCUCCCAAAUGUCCUUCAUGGAAAAUGUGAGAUCUGUGGCACAGCACGAUCAGAGGAAAAUGGUAAGAGAGGAAGAAGAUUUCGCAGUUCCAGUAUAUGUUAACUCAAGAAUAUCUCAGAGUCAUGGCAGAACCAAGAGUGGUGUUGAGAAGGAAAAACAUACCCCAUUGGUGGAACCUAGCUCUCGUAACUCCAUUCAAUUUCAAGAAGUGAAUCGCACAGGCUCAAAGCAAAACGUUCGUUCAAAACAUGAGGUUAGGGAUCAGGUCAAGGCUAAGGCAAAGUCAGGUGGCUUUGUAAUCUCUUUAGAUUUAUCAGUCUCAGAGGAAAUUGAUCUCGAAAAAUCAGCAUCGAGUUAUGACAGAGUAAAUGAUUGUAAUGCUUCCUUGAGACAAGAGUCUAGAAAUCGGUUAUACCGAGAUGGUGGCGAAACUCGUUUGAAGGACACUGAUAAUGGAGCUGAAUCUCACUUGGAAACGGAAAGUCAUUCAGAAGAUGGUCAUGGCAGUCCUGAAGACAUUGAUACUGGUCGUGAAUACAGCAGAAGCAGAGGAUGCGCCUCUCUGCAGCAGAUAAAUGAAGAGGCAAGUGAUGACGUUUCUGAUGAUUCGAUGGUGGAUUCUAUAUCCAGCAUGGAUGUCUCUCCCGACGACGUUGUGGGAAUAUUAGGUCAAAAACGUUUCUGGAGAGCAAGGAAAGCUAUUGCCAAUCAACAAAGAGUAUUUGCGGUUCAACUAUUUGAGUUGCACAGACUAAUUAAGGUUCAAAAACUUAUUGCUGCAUCACCGGAUCUCUUGCUCGAUGAGAUCAAUUUUCUUGGAAAAGUUUCUGCUAAAAGCUAUCCAGUGAAGAAGCUCCUACCAUCAGAAUUUCUGGUAAAGCCUCCUCUACCACAUGUUGUUGUCAAACAAAGGGGCGACUCGGAGAGGACUGACCAACAUAAAAUGGAAAGCUCAGCCGAGAAUGUAGUUGGGCGGUUGUCAAACCAAGGUCAUCAUCAACAAUCGAACUACAUGCCUUUUGCGAACAACCCACCCGCUUCACCAGCUGCAAAUGGAUAUUGCUAUCCUCCUCAGCCUCCUCCUUCAGGAAAUCAGCAAUGGUUGAUCCCUGUAAUGUCUCCUUCAGAAGGGCUGAUAUACAAGCCUCACACAGGUAUGGGACACACGGGGCAUUAUGGAGGGUAUUAUGGUCAUUAUAUGCCUACACCGAUGGUAAUGCCUCAAUAUCACCCCGGCAUGGGAUUCCCACCUCCUGGUAAUGGCUACUUCCCUCCAUAUGGAAUAAUGCCCACCAUGAUGAACCCUUAUUGUUCGGGCCAACUGCAACAGCAACAGCAACAGCAGCAGCAACAACAACAACAACAACAACAACAACAACAACAACAACAGCAAUCCAAUGAGCAAAUGAACCAGUUUGGGCAUCCCGGAAAUCUGCAGAAUACCCAACAACAGAGCUCUGUAGAUGAAGCUGCUGCACAGCAACAUCAACAGCCAACAAAGUCUUAUCCACGGGCUAGAAAGAGCAGGCAAGGGAGCACGGGAAGCAGUCCAAGUGGCCCACAGGGAAUCUGUAGUAGCAAGUCAUUUCGGCCAUUCUUAGCCGUUGAUGAGGAUAGCAACAUCAACAACGCACCUGAGCAAAUGAUGACAACAACCACAACGACGACAAGAACAACUGUUACUCAGACAACAAGAGAUGGGGGAGGAGUGACGAGAGUGAUAAAGGUGGUACCUCACAAUGCGAAGCUCGCGAGUGAGAAUGCUGCCAGGAUUUUUCAGUCAAUACAAGAAGAGCGUAAACGCUAUGACUCCUUCUCUAAGCCUUAAUCCUCUCUGUCCGUAUUGUACUCAAUAUGUAUUUUACAAAAGUAGAAAAUUUGUGAUAGAUGUUAUCCUCAAUAUAUGUACCAUGUAAAC